AUGGGUCUCGUGUUCAGUCGUAUAUUCGAUCGCUUCUUUGACAAAAAAGAAGUCAGACUACUCAUGGUGGGUUUGGAUGCCGCAGGCAAAACAACCAUCCUAUACAAGUUUAAAUUGGGUGAGGUCGUCACUACAAUUCCCACAAUCGGUUUCAACGUCGAGACCGUGGAGUACAAAAAUGUCAAGUUCACCGUCUGGGACAUUGGAGGCCAGACUACAAUCCGCCCGCUAUGGCGCUAUUACUUCCAGAAUACGCAAGGUAAUCGUAACCGUUUUCAUGAUAUCCCAGGCCUUGUAUUUGUCGUCGACAGCAAUGAUCGUGAAAGAAUAGACGAAGCUCGUGAGGAAUUACAUGGAAUGCUGAAUGAAGAUGAGCUACGUGAUGCUGCCUUGCUGGUGUUUGCAAACAAACAGGUAUGGGUACGUUAAAUGUUUAAGGUCAUCCCUGACGUAGGAUUUGCCAAACGCAAUGCCGGCUUCUGAGAUAACACAGCGACUCGGUCUCUGCGCUCUCCACGGACGUCAAUGGUACGUGCAGUCCACGUGCGCUACAGCAGGCACUGGUCUCUACGAAGGCCUGGACUGGCUAAGCAACACUCUUUCCUCGGCUAAGCGGUGAACUUCGAACUCUGACAGACACUUAUUCCACGGAGCUUCUGUAAAUAUUUAUGUCUUAGUUGUGACGGGAUUCGGGAGCCACAUACACUAUUCUACGUCUGAAUCCAACCUGUGUCUGUGAUUUCACCAUCAUCUUUGGAAAUCAUGCGAUGCUUAUGACUCUGCACUUUCUUUUUCUUCACAUUCCCACGUGAACAUACACUUUAUCCAUUACCUUUUUCCGACCCCAAUAUUACUUUUAUAACUUCAACUGUAUAUUUAUUUAUUAUACCCACUAGCGGUUGUAUGAAAACCUGCUUUCAUUGACUUCGUUCUCUUAUUUGAAUGGGACUUCGUAGAACUGUCGUUGAAUAUGUACCUUCGAUUAUUGACCGACAGAUGACAUUUGUUACGCGGCUGGCAACGAAUUGUAUGCAGAAACGGAAUAAACCCAAAUGUUUAAAAGAUAAUUUUGCUACCAUACGUCUGCUUUUGAUAAAUUCCCUUCAUGCCUGUAUCGUUCCGUUGCUUAAAGUUUUGCCAUGAACGUGCAGUUCCUAUUUGACAACAAUCUGUGUAAACAGGUGGACGGGGUAGCUAUGGGCCCUUACUUUGACGAUCUUUUAGCGAAUAUAUUUAUGGACAAGCUAGAAGCUUUCCAGCUUCCUCACAAGAUAAACUGUCUCAGAUAUUGCAGAAGCUAUGUCGAUAAUUAAUUACGACGAAACAUAACGACGUCUCAUUUCUAAUGGAUGAUAUGUGUGAGACGAAUCCAUUAAACAAAUUUACGUUCGAAGAAGAGCAGACUGAUUCGCUUCACAUUCAAGACAUGCUUUUUUGUAGAAGGCAUGGCGGCAGUAUUCGACGUAGCGUCUAGAGUUUUGAACACGCAGUCCGGUAAUAUACCAGUUUUGGGGUUUUUAACGACAUGAUUGAAACGUGAUUUAGUUCGCUGUUUCACGCAAAGGGUGAGAAGGAUCCGCUCGCCUGAUGGCAAAGAGAGAUCGCUUUAAGAAUUGUCAAAGUCUCUCUUGCUAGAAGGGUUACCCCGAUCGACAUGGAAGAAAGAAAGCAAAGGUACCCGAUUUUGAUGCAGCAAAGAAAAGACUUUUCAUCAAAGGGACAUUUUAUGCGUAUGUAAAGCGAGAACUUUUAAGAAAACGCUUAAUUAGGCACCCAUCCAGCGGCUGACGCCCUGUACUCUUCUGCAUUCCUUCCAUCCUAUACGGACAGGGUAAGGACAAACUAUCAGACCCACUCUAAGUGCAUUUAUCCUUGAUCUGCUCGUGCGUGGCAGAAUAUAUUAAUUGCGCGAGUCGGCGUUAGUUCUAAGGAAUAACCGAACAUCUUCCAGCAUGGUUAGGAAAGGGUGAAAUAAAAAAGCAUUAACGGCUGUAUCCUCGCGCACAUGUUACACAAUCAUGUAAAUGUCAGAAAGGCCUUUCGGAUGGUUGACACGGUUCCGUCAAGCUACCCAAACUACCUAGGUAACGUUUUUUGUCUACGACAGAGUCGGCUAAAGUUGCACUGCAUAAGCGACUCAUUUGCACACGGAAGUACUCCCGCAGCUUCCACAGUUGCCAUGGGUCAAAGCCAACUAGCCAGCCAGACGCUUAUAAGUACAUUUUGCAGGGCCCAUCUUCCCCUGGCGCUGACUAAAUUUUUCGUGUUUCACUUUCCCCCCCCCCCCCAAAAAAAAUUCGAUAUUUAGAAUAAUUGCUUACCUAAGUCACAUUUUGUUAUUCGUUAUUUCAAUAGUCAAAUAGGCCAACAGACUUUAAGACAGAUUAUCAGAAGGAGACGAAUGUUAGCCGAGCCUUCUUCCGAAUUUAUUUAAUGGGAACUUUCGCAAAUCUAAGGUACACAACUCUCGAUAUAACGGACCAGGCAAGUUGCGGGAAGUAGUUCAGAAAACGAAGAUGCAAUUACUAAAAAUAAUAAAUUCAUUGGUCUGACGUCUCGGAUUCUCAAUCGAAUUCAUCAUCAAUGACAGUCGAAGAUAUAGGUGGUGGGGUCACAAAAACCGCAGUAUUUAUAGUACGUAACUGGCAUGGGGCCAUAUCUGUAAUAAAAUUAACAAUUAUCGCAGUCACCGCUGCAACGAUGGCAAUGAUGGCUCCUGACCCCGAGUCGCUGAUUGUCACAAUUUCAUUAUCCAUGUUGAAUAUUGGCUCACACUCAAACUGCAUCAAUAUCUACUCCUGGGAUGUCGGUGGCGGGUAACGUCCAGUGGGUAAAAAGUCGCUAAUUCGGUGACGCCGACGUUGUAGGCAAGAAUAAUGGAUUUAAUUUCAUUUCAUCACAAGUGUUGUUUAAAACUGAUUUUUUUUUAUUUUUUCGGUGGGUUCAAAUUUCGACCGCAGCUUUCUAUGUUUUGACAGGAUACACAUUUAGCGUAUGCACGAGUCUUCAAGUGCACAUUCCGAGUAAUGUACCGCGGAUCUAUCAUUGCAUAACCACUUCAUUUUAGUAACCGCGUCUGAGGUUGACAUAUUGUUUGCGGUGGAUGCGUAGUGCUUACGUCGAACUUGCUACUCUCCACACCAUUUUAGAUGUCAGCUGCCAUCACAAAUUUGUAGCAGCUGAGGUCACCAAAUUUUGUCAGGAACGAGAAGAAUUUGAAUAAAUAAGAAGAAUAUGCGAUUACUGGAACAGGUCGUUUAUUGGCCUGACAUUUCGGAUCCUCACUAGAAUCCAUCAUCAGAGACAGUUGCAGAUAACGGUGGUGGGGUCACAAAAACCGCAGUAUUUAUAGUGCGUACCUGAUAUGGGGCCACAUACGUACUUUAAUAAACAGUUAUCGCGGUCACCGCCAUGGGUCGUAAAUAAGGCAACGAUGGCGCCUUAGUCUGCGUCCGCGACGUUGAUUGCCGCAAUUUCAUCAUCGGCGUUGGAUAUUGACGUGAUGGGUACUCCGAAAUUUGGCUCACUACCACUGGGAUUUUCGCAUGCCAGCGCCUCCCCCCCACGUGAAUGAGUCCCCUUCCCAGGAAGAUCCUUAGCACAGAAUAUGGUAUUGGGAGGUCAGUGAACCUGUUGAUGUAUUACCGGCCUGAAAACCAUGACUUGAGCGGCUCGCGACUCAUGCGGUUGUCACCCUUUGCGAACGUGGACAAACGCAUCCAAAUUUAGGCAUCCCGGAGGGACUAAAAUAUGUCCGAACUAUGCCGCACAAUAAUAUGUACUGCAGAUCUAUCUAAAUAGUCUUUCCGAAUCAUGGAUAUAUUAUGUAGAUGCAGCUGAGACUAGAAUAGAUUUCGAGAUAUACAGUUAUGCAAUUGAAAGCAAAUAAAUCUCUGGAGGAGUAUAUAGUGCAAAAAUAUUUACACACGUAUCCUGACAAUGAAAAUAAUCUUGGUAGUCGCAACCGCUGGAACAAGACUUUUAUUCUUUUGGCAUUUUUGCUUUGCAUUUGAAUCCAUCAUCAGAAACAGCGUUUAUAGGAUACCUUUAUCAUGGGGCUGCACACUAAUAAUACAAUGUGUGACCAAUCUCAGGAGCUGUUGGCCGAAAUUCCGAAAUGCGUUUUCGAUUUGAAAGGAUUACUUAGGUGGGGUUGUAAUACCGAUUAGCGUUCGACAUGAUAGAGUAAUAUUUCAGACUAGGCAGGAUGUCGGCUUUUGAAUGCCCUUCUUUUUAAUCUCCCGCAAAACCCACAAUUGGUAAAAAAUGACUGCUUACGUAGCAUGCAUUUCUCGCACUGAUUUUCGAUGGUCUCAUAAAUUCAAAUAUAUUUCAUUGAAAACAUGCACACAAAUAUGCUUUCUUCUACUCCUUUGGUGGCAAAUCACGUUGUAUUUGCAUUUUAUGUCUGAAGACAAUGUAUAUUUAGGUUUUAAAAAAGUUUUCCAUUUCCCGAAUAAUUUUAAGCCUGAUCAGCCGUUGCAUUAGCAUUUAGCGAUUUCAUUCUACAAGGCGCAUGCUGUCCGUGUAAGGAAAAUAAUUUAUUCCUCUAGGCCUUUAAGAAGAUACCAUUUAGAGUUCAUGACAUUUUGUGAUGAGGGCGACCUAUGUUGUACAUUUCAUGAAGAGCAUUGGUAAACAGAGAGGAACGAUGCUGUAUGAAUAUACAUUGCAUGGUCUUAAAAAUCGUAUGAUUAAAAAUUUCUUUAAAACCCAAAUAUACCCAUUCUUCAAGCAUAAAGUGUAAAGUUGGUGUGAGUUGCCACCGAAUGAGUAGAAGAAAAUAUAUUUUUGUGCAUGUUUUCUAUGAAAUGUAGGUGAAUGUAUAAGAACAUCGAAAUCAAUGCGAGAAAUGCACGCUAAUAAAGCAGUCAUUUUUUACCGAUUAUGGGUUCUGCUGGAGGUUGAAGAUAAAUGCAUUCAAAAGCCUACUAUCUGCUGACUCCAAAAUAUUAUUGGAUCACGCCGCAAAGUAAUAAGUAUUAAAGCCCCACCCAAUUAAUCCUUCCAAAUCGAAAACGCAUUUCGGCCAACAUUUCAUGAGAUGGGUCACUCACUGUAAUUGCUUUGAUUCGCCUUCAUCGCCGAGUGUUGCCUGUUGUACGAUGCGUCCCAAUCAGUCCGACAAUGAAAAGCCCUCGUCCUUCACGUUGGCCUCUACCUACGUGAAGAUUCGAUUUCUAUGCAGGUGUUUUUAAAAUCUCGUGUAACAUAAAUGUGGCUCAUAUAAGCCGUCCGAGCGACCUUUUGGCGAGAAGGGUGAACCUCCGAUAUUGCAGCCCGCCAGCAUGAUUGCAGCAGUGGAAGUACUACAAAGUCGGACAAAAGUGAGAAUGAAAACAAAGAGCAUCAUCUGCCACCAAGCCUUAUGGCUUAUAGGCGGCACAAAGUACUCCUAAAGUUCAAACGGACUAACCGAAUGGACACAAUGUCGACAAAGAGAUCGUCAUCAUGCCCGCGGACAAAAUGCGUUCCAUUGUCAAAUCUCACAUGACAGACUAACUUUAAAUGGCCAAACGUUUCUCGUAGGACCCUGUUUUAUUUCUCCUGCCUAGGCAGUCCCAUAAAAAGGCUGUUGAGUCAAUUUAAUGCUACGCUGUCGACAUUGGAGAGCUCAAGUUCAAUGCCAACAGUUAAAUGGCGCAUUGCGAGAGCCCAGGAAACGGCCAUGUGCGGAUUCCAUGGUCCUCUCAAGUUAACUCAAAAAGACAUUUCCCUUCGAUACAUCCAAUCCUUCUGUGUUACUUCAACUUACGGGCUUGUUACGUGGCUGUUUUGGCGUCUCACAAUUUUGACAGCUGGUCCUUAUACUGCAGUUCGUUUUUCGGCUUUCCUUCUGAGGAAGCUUUAAGUGUUGGGUCUUCUGCUAACGAGGACUAUGUUAUUGUCCGAUGUUACCUCUCUCUAUUCCUGUUCCCUAGGUUCUGGCACUUGAAACCAUCAAAUUUUCCUGUUAAACGAAUACUGCGGAGCGGAAAGUGGCCUAGGCGUCGACUAAGUCUGCCGACAUCCAAAACAAGUGAUGAACUUUCUUCAAUUAGCAUCUCACUCACUCUUUCUGAUGAUGGGUUCGAACUUGAAUCCAACAUGUCAGGAGAAUUAUGCCCUUGUAUAAUCAAUCGUUUCAACUUCUUAUCAACUAGUUCCUGAAACUCGCAUUUUCGCAUGCAUCGACAGUUUGUUCGGGCGCGACGCGCUCCGAACGGUCUGACGAUAGGAAACGUUUGCCCUUCCAUAGGUCUGUACUUAUGCGCAGCUACGGCUGCCGCACAGGCGUCUCGAUAGCGAUAUGUCGUUGAAUUGUGUUUCUCACAAACCCUCAGUAAACACAGAGCUGGCGAGACUCUCAGUAUUUCAGGAAGGAAUACGUACGUUCUGCGUGAUCCUUUACGAUUGUGACGUAUAGUUUCGCAUAUACCGUCGGAGAAUUUACCAAGUCAAGGCCCGCUAUUCUGAUUUUAUGGUCAAGAACGGCAAAAUAACUUCUUAAGCGGAGGGUCACUGAACACGUUCGCGAACAGAAAUCGACACCCAACGGGGCAUUGAGGAAUAAGUUCCGCAAACUGUUUGAUCUAACUUCAUACAGAAACGAGAUGCUGGUAUACAAUUUCUUGCCAAAUGGACUGACGAAGGAGCAAGAACAGGUUUUACGCCCAGACUUGGUACAAAACCUGCCAGAAUGAUUGCAUCAGAGGAAUUGAUCACCAAUCAGAUGAAAGCGACAGAGGAGACGAAGAACCUUAUCCGACACCGCAUUUUGUCCCAGCUUAUGACUUACAAGCCGCGCGAAAUACUCCGAAAGUUCCAAGGCGACGCAAUAGGAAACCUCAAGGUCGACAAAGAUAUCUUCAUCGUGCCCGCGGACAACUGACGCUCUGCCGUCGUAUGGGACAGAACAGACAAUCUUCAGAAGGUCAAAAACCUGCUGUAGGAUGGCCAGUUUUAUAUCCCGUGUGAUAUCAACCCCAGGAAAACGCUGACACACGAAAUCAAUGCAACGCUAUUGACAGUGGAAAAUUCGGGUGCAAUAACACCGACCGACCGACUGACGCCUGGCGUCAGUACAAGGGAUGGCAUUGGUCUGGUUCUAUGGCCACCCAUAAAUGUGCGACGGAAGUGCUCCUCUCCGGUUGGUCUUAUCGCUGAAAGGCGCUCUGACGUACGGAAUGACAAAACAGCUGUUUCGGUGUCUCACGUUUAUGACCGUUGAUUAGGGCACCACGGUCUGUUCGUCGGCACGAUUCUUGGAAAAGCUAAAAGCGGUAAGUCUCCUGCGAAAUGAGGUCAUGGCGAUCGUGUCUUCUUCUUCAAGGUCAUGGUAUCUAUUGGUGUCACAUUAUAUCCCCCAGAUUGCAGAAUCCCAAAACCUCCGACAGAUUUCCAGAGAGAAUGGCUGCCUGCGCAACUUUGUCAACUUGUACGUGCGAAAACGAGACGAGCGACAACAACGUACCGACCCCAAACUCCGGCAAACAAUCCCGUGCAUCAAGAACGCCCCCGAGACUGUCAGUCGUCCUCUCGCAGCACUGGGGUUUGGAGAUUCACACAGAUAGGAUGCAAAAUUUAGUCGUCAGGUGAUGAGACCGAAAGACCCACUGUCAUGACAAGAAACCUCUGACGUGAUUUGCUGGGUCUCGCAGUUUCGGACAAAACAACUACGUUGGAGAAACUGGAAGACUGCUCUAUGUGCUCUCGAACUUGCGGUACAGGGCGAAAAAAGUGACGCCAACAUCCAAAUCGCGACCCACUCGACGAAGCCCACCCACAUAUUGAAGUUUGGUGAGUUCCUAAUUCUCCUGAGAGGUGGUAAUCGUGUGCAAGGAUUAAGAUGAGUGCUGAAGUUUCGAGUGGAGGAUGAGGGAUCAUUAAAUUGUCCAUCAUAAAUCAUCACAAUGGUGGGGUCUCCAAAGCAGAUAUCUCGGUGACAGUAUUGAGCUGACGACGCUUGCCGACUGAGAUCGUGCAACAGUUUACGAGAGAUAUCGAACAGUCCAAAAAAACAUGUGGGCUCUUUAUGACUAUCGGGAACGACAUGCAGCCGUAACUGGUCCUCAGUUUUGGUACCAACCAGACACCCAAACAAAAGGAUGUCUAAGAACUCCUUCAUCCGCGGUCUUACGCAUUAUCGUUCCUAGGCGGAUAAGCAGAUAUUUAUCUUUAUUACAGUCUCAAAGUAUGCAUUGCAUGGUGGCCGCCUCAAUGAAAAAAUCGAGUUUUGCAGCUAGCCUGUUCCACUGACUCGUAGCUGUAACAUUAACGCACACACCUUUUUCACGCAUUCUAGGUUUGGACAGGCGUUUCGAGAGACGGCGAGGUAUCCGCAAACUCUCCGGACAGCGACUAGUCAUUAGCACAGAAAUGUGUCAUCCCUCAAAGCCGACUGUUUGCCUGCACACCGACAAACGCGCCUACGACUGCCAGCGUGGAACCUAAGCAAGAAGAGCACAGACUCCACACAGGCAAUGACGUGUACGUGCCUGAGGCGUCGCACGUGAACGGAGACCGCGGCCCUCGUCUACGCGUGUGACGCACUCUGUCAGUUUUUAACUAACUUUCGCCUCCGACUGUUAUGAUUAAGAGUGCAUUAUUUUUGUUGCCAAAUGCAUGUCCGUCUAUUCCAUAAACAUCGAACUGAAAUUCUACUUUCAUUUAAAUUAUGCUCACUGACGAACGAACUAACUGACUUCCCGGAUUUUUCAUAGAUAAGCCUGGAAUAUCACUUCUUAUCGUAAAAUAUUCGCGUAUAGUUAUUUUUACUUCAUCCGCAACUAGACGACUCCUUCCUCUCAGACAUGGUCGGCAACGCCUGUUUGCAUCUUCUUCCUCUCACAACUGUCAGACUUAAGUUUUUAAGGUCACCAAGCUUUACUUAACAGCUUUGCAUGGAAAAAUGCGGAACUGAACCAGAAGAAUCUGGCUCAAUCGUCUGAUCGUGUGGCUGACAAUAAACGCAUCUAAGAUCGCUAACGUGGGGGCUAUGUCGGAGCAGAGAACAGACUCCGCGAAGACGAUGACGUGUGCGCGGGCGAGAUUUUAAACCUAUGCCGAGACUGCGAAUUUCCUCUAAACAUAAGAUGAUGUCUACUAAUUCUCAUCUUACUUACAGCCCCAACUAUCUGAAUUAUGAGGUCAUUUCGCCUACCGGUGGUGUUGCGUAGACUCACUGUACUGCAACUGUUUUCCCAAAAGCAUGCCCCUCUAUCAUAUUAAAAUGGAAUCAGUGUUUCACUUUCAUUAACUUAUAUUCACUCCCGUCGAAUUGGUCUAGUUCCCAGACGUAAACGCAUAUUGCCCGAAUUUUAGCUAGAUUUGUCUGUAAACACACUCCCUGUCGUACAAGCUUUUCUAAAAACCACUUUCAACUGCAUAUUCAAAGAGAAGAUUCCGUCCGCCUUCCUCUUAUCGCAGUCAGCACCACGCCGUUGGGGUUAGUAAGCAUUACUUGACAACUUGAUAUCGAAAAUUAGCUGAGCAUGCGGAAUUCAUCCAGAAACGUCUGCCUCGGUUGACUGACUGAGAGGAUGUCGAAAAAACAAAUCUAAGAUUAUUAUCGUGGAGGCUAUGCAAGAAGAGAACAGACUUCGCGCAGACAACGACUUGUAUGCGGGCUGGAUUGCGAAAGGAAGCAGAAGUGUGCGUUUUCUCUAUAUGCAAGCUGAUGUCUACCAGUUUUCAGCCUACUUACAACCCAGGGUAUCCUAAUUAAUCCUUUGGUUACUCUGUCCGGGAAGAAAUACAGGUAUUUGAACAAAGAAGACUCAGUUCCCACUAGAGACCGUCGGAUAUUUUUCUGGUUAUGUCGGGCAAAACCUCGUCUCCCGUCACCAUGCUGCAAUUUUUGCUGAUUAUCGCUGGUGGAUUAGUGCCAGGAACUUUGUCCAAACGUCCUAAUUGCUCAGAAUAAUUAUCCAUUAUUACGGUCUGACAUUAUUUCGUGAUGAAGUAUGGCUUCGACCGACACAGAGCAUGGCAUACCUAGGCCUGAUUGCGGCGUAGUAACUGGUGUCUGAUCUGUGCAGAGCUAUUAAUGUUCGCGUUUGAUAGCAUACAAAAUUAAUUUUCGGUGGUAGAGUAAUGCUCACCGAUCGUUUAUACAAAACUCGCUCAUCCUGUUAUACCUUACGGGCUCUCUAUUGAACCCAACCAGCUGUCGUACAGCGGCGCAUGAUAAAAACAGGAUGGCAUUAACGUUUUUUGUCAGUAAGAACAUUCUGCCUAAAUCCAUUUUUCCUUUCCAACGACAACUCAAUAAAAACCGGUUUAUACUCCUGAUUGCGUGGCAUAGCGUCAGAGAUUAUUGAAUUCCAGGGUUGGUUUCUAUUGACAGAUGACUUGUGAUGCAAUUUCCUUGUCUAAUGACCUUUUCUAUUUGUUGAAGAUGCACUUGAACGGUAACCAAUAACGCAUUUAGUUUUAAGACAAUUAUUCGAGAGUCUGAGAAGGAUAUGUCACGACGAUCGCUUGCGAAUAUGCCACUAUGCGGUUCCAUUACCCUUUCUGGACGAAUAACGUCGCAUACAUCAAAAUUACCCUCGCAGAAUCUGGUUCAUAAAUGCUACAACUACCAAAAAAUUAAAGCACUCGAAUGAACUCCAACUAUUUUUAUAGUGUUUGCUGUUGUGUUGUUUCCUAUGCAAAAAUGAUACAAGAAAAAUCGACCAGCAUGAAAGCCCUCCGAACUUCAUGUCCCCUACCUUGUGGGGCAAUACUAAGAAUAGAUUUGCUUAAAAAUCCAAGAGAAGGUCUGUGUGUUUCAUAAAGUGCAUAGUUCAAAUAGAGCAUAUAUAAAUACUUAUGAAAUAUCAUUUUAUGUUAAACGAGUUUGCAGCGGAUUGCUCGCCUUUUUUGGACAUGCAUUUUCGAAACUCCAGAUCUGAGAAGGGGUGUUCUCCAUAUCUUCGAGUUGUUUUUUCUUACUACCGAUGUUAGUGUUAAAGAGAUGCAUUAGUCCGACAGUAAUCGCUAGAAUAUCACAACUUUAUAUAAGGGACUACAACAUUUCACUUACGUGCGUGACUGACAGAUAACAAUCGGUAUUUAAGUGAACCCGAUUUAUUGCAGCAGGUACUCUCAAAAAGGCUUGAAUUUCGGAGAGCUCAAAUAGUCGCAAAAAAAACUAUUCACUGCAAGUAACAUUUUGUGGCAGAAAAAUAUAGUAUAGGCGCCAACUCAUCCUCCGAAAAUUCCUCAUCACUGCUAGUAAGAAAGUUUUCGACUUUUGAACAAAACACCGAAUUUGGUGGUUAAACGCCGCAGGUUGAUCUGGCUGAUUUUGUUUAUUCGCUGGAGUUUGUUUUACAAAGGAAUGACGAACAUGAAUAGUAUAAGGAACGCGCAUCAGUAGAGGACAAUUUUAUGACUGUUAGAAUAUCCUGAUCUUACAUGCUGUCCAGGAUCACAGUUUAUGCCGAUUACUUGCUUGAUAAAAUAACGGUGAUUCUUGGGUCAUGGCGAAAUUCUUGAAAAUUGCUGGUUGGCUCUCCAGGGUAAUAAACGUUUUAAGGCCAAUCCGAUGGAGGGAAUUAGCAGGUGUGGAAUGCAAGACUGCAAAAUUUAAAUUCCAAAGGCGACCGCAAGCAAUUCGUGAACAAUAUAGAGGAACAUAUUUAAUUGUUAGUAAAAACAUAAGUUUGUUUGGUCGGAUGAUAUUCCGUAUCCGUACCUGCAGUAGACAACCCCCGGAUGCCUGUCAUACGGGACCAGUGGUAUAGGGGGUUUUCUACUAACGCCUAACCCCAACAGCAAACCCCAACCCAUAACCCGUAAUCCUAACCCUUACCCCUAACCCUGGGCUCUAAUCCCUUACUCCUAACCCCAAAGCCGGGCCUUCAACCCAAAGCAGUAAACCCAAACUCUUAAGCCUAACCCCUAACCCAAACCCCUAGAGGUAAGGCUACGAAAUAAGAACCUGCCGUUUGUCUAAAUAGCAUGACAAUCGAAACCUUUAUUAUUCAGCAUUUACCUGCGUUUCCAGUUUCUACCAACGCAGCACAUCAAUCAUAAUCAACAAUGUCAAGUUUUCUUUAUCCACGGAUGGUCUUCUAUUUGCCCUAGUCUAGGCGUCAAGCGCGAGAUUAUAAAAGCUGCAAUCUGACGGCGAUCACAAGAAAUUAACGAACAUUUGCAUAUCCCUUCAAAACCUCAAGUUAGCCUGCUUCAAAGAGAUGGGUCUCAUGUUCAGUCGUAUAUUCGAUCGCUUCUUUGGCAAAAAAAGAAGUCAAAAUUCUCAUGGUGGGCUUGGAUGCCGCAGGCAAAACCACCAUCCUAUUCGAGUUGAAAUUGGGUGAGGUGGUCAUGACAAUUCCCACAAUCGGUUUCAACGUCGAGACAGUGGAGUACAAGAACGUCAAGUUCACCGUAUGGGACGUUGGAGGGCAAACUCCAAUCCACCCGCUAUGGUGCUAUUAUUUCCAAAAUACGCAAGGUUAGCGUAACGGUUUUUAUGAUAUUCCAGGCCUCGUAUUUGUCGUCGACAGUAAUGAUCGUGAUUGUGAGGAAUUACAUGGCAUGCUAAAUGAAGAUGAGUGAUAGGAUGCCGCCUUCCUGGGGUUUGCAAAAGAACAGGUAUUUGUGUAUUUAAUGUUAAUGACUUCUCUAUCGCAGGAUCUGCAAAACGCAAUGCCGGCCUGCGAGGUAACACAGAGACUCGGACUCACCGAUCUUAACGGGCGUCAAUGGUACGUGCAGGCCACGUGCGCCACAACAGGCACUGCUCUCUACGAAGGCCUGAACUUGCUAUGUAGCACUCUUUCUUUGGUGAAGCGAUGAGUUGCUUAAUGUGGCCAACGCUCAGUUCACUGUGGUCCGUCAACUUCGGAGGCCAUUACCGUUGCGCGACAUUAGUCCACAUCUCGGACCAACUUGUGACUGUAGUUUCACCAUCAUCUUUCGGCGUCGCGCGAUGCUUGUAACUCCGGCCCCUGUGUGAAUAUAUGCCGCAUCUUUUUCCCUGUUCCAUUCUACCAUUGCUUUUUUUCCCUAAAGCCAAAUAUCCCCAUUUUUACGCGGUGAUGUUCACUGAAAAUAGUUUAGUAAUUCCCAUUGUGAAUAAAUAUUUGAUAUUGGCUAACCGAUCGUGAUGGACCCCGUCAUGUGGGGUUAUUAUUUAUGCCUUUAGAACGUACGGGGCUGUCUUCUUCCUACGGCAUUGAACACUUAUCAAUUGGUAAAAUUGUGCUUGUAUUAAGAAAUCCGUUACCCGUGAAACUUGAAGCACGUAUUCGUACCCAAUAACAGGGGGUUUUCGGAGGUUAAAAGCAGCGAACAACAGAAUCCGUUGACAGAAAUAGCUGUGCUUCUGUUUAAUCAUAUAUAUAUGUACAUGUCCCAAUCAGGAAAUGGAUUCUGUCAAGCAACCUCCUUGAGGAACAUGUAAAAUUUUGUGAAUUCAGUUCAGGUUUCAAAAUAUUUACUCGUUUGGAAAACACAUGAAUAUUUUUAUGCCCUCACAUGCCUUUUGAACAAAGAUGGCAUUUGAAACGGGUUGGCGAUAUCCCCGCCGUGCGCAGUGGCUGUCUACGCGUCGCUGGACCAACACAGCCUCGUCCUCUUUAAAUCUACGCAUCCUUAAAUCCCUGGUGGCAAUGGCGCAUAAUUUGAUUACCUGGACAUUAGCGUUUAACUUAUCUGUUCAAGUAUGGCGCAUAAUGCUAGGAACACAUUUCUGGCAAAACAAAUGGCGAAUAAGACGGCAGGAACGACUAAGUAGAUAGGAACUAAGACAAAGUCGUGACCUUUACGCUGCCUUUCGCAAUUUCUAGGUUUUCAUCAAUCCGAACGCCAAGUUUUACGUGCUUCAACGCCCAAAAAUUAUAUAUUUCCUUCGGUCCAUUUCAGAAUGCCGUCCACAUGGCUUUUGAAACUUUGCUCAAAUGCAGUUUACACGGCAUCCACAAGGCAUCCUCAUGAGACCGGCAUGUAGCUGGCGAAUGUGUAAGCAUCAUUGCGGUGUAUGCAAAUGGCCCCGAGACGGACCGGUGUCGCGAGACUGUCGUGCGGGUAUUGGCUAAUGCACACACUGUCAUAAAAUCCAGACUUCUGAUUGGCUCGAGCGUUUGCGUGCGUGCGUGCGUGCAUGAAACUGUGCCUGUGAGAGCCAGAGUGUAAGCCACGUAAGAACAGAACAGGCUCCACGAAGGAAUAGGCAGUUCUUAACGUACAGGCCGGUGUCGCACCAUCGGUCUGUGUGGUGGGAACUUCCGUGACAUUUAGCUGGUCAUAGGGUUUGACCUCCGUAUAGUCCUCAUUCUUGUACUUACUUGCUUGGUACGGCUGAGAACAUGCCUGAUCUAGCCGACCUCGAUGAUGUCCCGAACUGUUACUCUCCACGCGUGACGAUCUACGGCAGCGAUUUGGACAGUUCAACCCAUUCUCUUCGCCAACGACGGAGAUCGAAUACCGAUGGUCCAAGAACCAUCUCCGUAUCUUGAAGAACUGUGCCGAGCCAGGUUUUGAAUUGACCUCCUUUUCGACGCCUCCAAUGGUGUAACGAUGUCGGAUCGAGAUAUCUUACACUGAGCUCCUGAAGUGGACGACGAAGAGCAUGCCUAAAAACCCCUCAAUAGCCUUUCUUGGAUGGCCUGGGCUAUCUUUGUGAUGUUGUCGCAGCGAGUGUGAACUGUCUCAUUUUAGACGAAGUCGGUGUACUUCACCCGAAGGAUGAUCCUCAAGCAGCGGUGGUUAAAUAUCUCCUGUUUUCGCUCAUCCUCCAUGCACACAGCCCAAAUUUUACAACCACAAAGAGGGACAGACCGAUCAGACGCGUGCACACGUGAGUCUUAGUCUUUCUUCGGCCUUGUGGAGUUCAGCUUUGACGCUCGAAUUCAUUUUGUUAUGUGGAACCGUGGACAUACUGAGCAUUGCUUAGCUCGCCGUAACUGCAUUCUCCACUUAGAGAAUAUCACAGAUUUACAAUAAGCAAAUUCACGUCCGUAUCACUGCUGUGACCUCAGAACAAUGACCGUCCAGGUUGACCGCAAAAACCGUAACGUCGAAUGGUUGUUAAGUGCGCACUUUAUUAUAUCUCUUAUUUGCAAACAGUUUUCCAAGUCAUUUCAUUUGUUGAGCAUUUCCUGCAUAUGCCGUUAUACGUUUUUUUGUUCUAAAUCAUGAAUGCAUAUUGUAAAGACUGUUUUCGUUUUAUGUUGAUAAAAUCCGAACGAACAAUCAAUGGUGGACUUAUUCCGGCUCCUGCCUUUUCUAUCUACGGGAUUCAGUGUCAUCGACUUAUCUGAUUGGCUUAAUACAGCUGAUAAUUUGGCGUGGGAUCGCGCUGCCGGUCACCGUUGCUCAGCCAAGUUGUGA